UCAGCCAAUGUGAACGUCGUGGACGAGAGGAGAUUUUCUUGUAUCAAGACCAGUUUGCCUUGGGUGACCCUACCAGGGGCAUAAAGCCCCGGACAACAGAACUCCUAGGAUCAUUGGGACACGCAAACCCCUCCACCACGGUAAGAACAAGGAAGAAAGACACCAUGGAGCCGGAUGGGCACAUCGUCCUGAACACGGACGUGAAGCAGAAAGAUGGAAACCGCGCCCUUGUGAUUGCCAUCUCGGACCAGGCAGCCUUUGACUUGGGGACGGACCACAAGAUUGUUUCAGAGGACGGCGGUCAGGAGAUUGAAAAUCGCCAGGUGCUCAAUGAGAACGAGCUGCUGAAGGAGGGCCGAGCUUUUUCUUUUAUGAAGGCCGUCCAGAUGGUGAAUGCAAAACUAUUGGAAAAGAAUCCCGAGGAGACACUGCUGUUCGACAUGAUCCUGGUAUCAAAGAGCAGCCCACAGAGUGGAUCGAGGGUCAUAAAGAGCGUCCGGCAUUACGGCCUGGACGUCUCCAGAUUUUGUUUUGCUGCCAGCGUGGACUGUACAAAUUACCUGAGGACCAACAAUGUGAAGCUGUUCUUGUCAUCUGAUGAAGAGGAGGAUUUCAGUGCUCUCAGGACAGGUUUCCCAGCCCCUUUGUUGUUCAAGCAGCGAGCCCCCGCCGCCUGUGAGCAGCUCAAGAUCGUGUUUGAUGGCGACACCAUUCUUAGGCACAUCUUCCAGGAGAACAAACUGGAGGAGAUUGAUAAUUUUGAAAGUCACCUCAAGUCCUUCCCAAUCAGCGAGGACCCCCUAAUAAAGUUUGCAGUGCACCUUGGGGAGAUGAGAAAGAAAUUCAGCAUCUACAACAGCCCCCUCAACGUCUACCUGACGACCACCCACAGCGACCGAGAGAUGAGCGCCAUGGCCCUGCGCUCCUUGCGGGUUUGGGGCCUGGAGGUGGACGAGGUUUUCUUCUUGAACGGCGCGCCCAAGAGUCCGGUCCUGCUGCAGAUCCAGCCCCAUGUCAUCUUUGACGACGGCCUCCGUCACCUCUGAGCGUUUGCCAGGUGUGCCUGUCCCUUUGUCUCCUCGUCCCCCUCUCGCUGUUUCUCUCUUUCUGUUGGCAGUUGCCCUAACAGUUACACAGCGGGCGCCGUCUCUUAAGUGGCACGCCGUGUCUUUGACUGUUUUUCUGCUGGGACUUUUUCUGAUUUUUAUUUUCUGUUCAUGUCUGAAGUUUUUCUGCUCGUUGGCCUCCAUGUGAACUCGUUUCUGGAUCACUAACUCGGUUUACACGUCCUCAUGAUGCACAGUGACUGAGGGGUUUACCAAAACUGUCACCUCUGUGACUGCAUUGUCCUAGAAAUGAAGCACAUGGGUUCACAGUGUCGGGGGAAACUGCAGGGCGUCCAAAUGGUGGUCCCGUUGAGAAUGGGCCGUGUACACUUUUGUAUUUAAUGUUUCCAAUAAAGGCUCUCCAAGGAA